AGUCACACGUUUUGCCUACAGCGCUGGCGCUGUAGUCCCGCCAAUCAAACCGUGGCGCGAGAUGUUGGGAGCUCGCCUAAAAAUACCACCACCCAGGCAGCACGAGGUAACCCUUCACGCCGUUGGUCAUUAGCUGCCCUUAGGUCCCAAGCAUCCAUGGGGGUUCAAUCUAUUCGAGGUUAGAAUACACUAGAGCCGGGGUCAUUGCUUUCCCCCUUCAUUCAUCCGGACUUUCUUCCAAAAGAAAAAUUUAUUCAUUUGAAGGACAUCCUUCUGUCGCUCGUUUUUCCACACUCCAUACUUCUCAGUCGCUCGCUUUCUUGUUUAUUGAAUUCUGAUCUAAAUAUCUUCGUCCUACCCCUCUCGAGAGUCGUUUUGCAAAGUCUUCCAAAGCAGCAGGGUCCGCACCACACCAGUCAUUCAUCAUGGUCACUCAGCCCGAGCCUUCACACGCUCCUGCAAAUCCCUCUCUCCAACCCGCGCCCUCAAAUCCGCACCCAGACACGAUCACUUUCACCGUCAAUUCUCGCACGUUGUCGAUGGAUGAAAAGGCAGUCAAUGUUCCGGCCUCUGCUUUGAACCCUGUCUCGGUUAGACCCGUCCAGCGGAAGAUCAACACUUCGAUCGGCAUUACCAUCGCCCAGGGCGCCAUCUUUGUUUCGGGUAUUAUUUCCGCCGCUCUGCUGGGUUCCAGCAUAACAAAAGAGCAAAAUGCCAACGUUCGGGGUUACUACAGCGGUUUGGCGUUUGUUCCGAUUGCUCCAGUGUGCCUCAGCGCGUUUUGGGCUCUUGUAGCGCUGGGAAUAUCUCGUGGACUCAGAACACCUGUCCAUCCGGCAUUCUACGUUGCUUUUGAUCUUCUUCUCUGGCUCACCAUCCUCGGAAUCUCGAUAUGCAUCGUCAUCCUCCUUGGAAGCCAGGACGGGUAUGCCUGCAGCUACAAUUACCGGAGGUAUCGUCCCGAGCGAGGAUGCCGUAGCGUCUUGAUCGAGUCAUGGAAGAUGCAGAUGGCUGCAAAUGCGCUUGCUAUCUUCAACGGGCUCGCUCAUUUUGGCAUCUUUGUCUGGGGCUGCAGGAUGGUCCACAAGGUGAACAAAAUGAUGAAAUUCGAAGUGACCAUCAAUCUGAAUGGCUUCAACAACGGCGGAGUUGUUGCACCAGCUGCUCCGGCCGUCUACGCUUGAGUAACCCCGUGACAAAGCAUACCAUACCUUGUCCGAAUUUAGAAAUUAAUGCUUAUGUUCGAUAUGAAGGUCAUAGCCGGGCCAUUUGUCAAGAUGUGGUGUGCCGAGACAGGAGGCAGCUGAAAAAGCUUCUUCACCUCAUGGACUAUAUAUAAUAUUCAUGAUAUUUAAUUUCCAUUCACCUGGCACAUUUUUGCUUGCUCGUAUAUAGUAUCGAUGCAAUUCUAUUCGCUAAUUGUGCAUAAUAUG